AUGGCGAGUGGCCAGGUGACAACACAAGAAGCCUUCCUAUCCGACGUCGCAGCGGGGAUGCAGCGUGCUCCCAUGGCCACCCGUCUAACGCCACACACCCUGGCUCUCGUCGCUUGGGACAAACCCUACUCGGACCCAAUCCGCCGGCAGUUUAUUCCUCUUGCCUCGUCAUUGCAUCCAGACCAUCCUCAACUUCAACUGGACUCGCUACAUGAGAACAGAGACUCCCCAGUGAAAGGGCUGGUUCACCGGUAUCCGGAUAAGGUGCUAUUUCUAGCUAGCUCAGUGUGUCCCGUCUAUUGCCGUUUCUGCACGCGGUCGUAUUCCGUCGGCGCGAAGACAGAGACGGUGUCGAAGAAACGGUUCCUCCCGCUACAGAAGUACUGGGAGCCAAUGUUUGAAUACAUUGCACAGACCACGGCGGUCACGGACGUUGUGGUGUCCGGUGGGGAUUCGUUCUUCUUGGAGCCUGCACAGCUGCGUGAGAUCGGGCACAGGCUUCUAGGGAUCGAGAAUGUGCGUCGCAUCCGGUUCGCCAGUAAAGGGCUGGCGGUGUGUCCCUCACGGAUCUUGGACCGAAGCGACAGAUGGACGGGGGAACUUAUUGAGAUCAGCCAGCUGGCCAGGAAGCGAGGGAAGAGCGUGGCGCUACAUACACAUUUCAACCAUCCACAGGAGAUCUCGUGGAUCACGGAACAGGCGGCGCAGAGGUUGUUUGAGAAUGCGGUUACAGUGAGGAAUCAGACGGUGUUGCUCAACGGAGUGAAUAAUGAUGUGGACACGAUGAAAUCACUGAUUCGUCGAUUGGCUGACAAUAAUAUUCAACCGUACUACGUAUAUCAGGGUGAUAUGGUUCAGGGCGUCGAGGACUUGCGUACGCCGCUGUGCGAUAUCCUCCAUAUUGAAUCGCACGUCCGGGGUACGAUUGCUGGGUUCAUGACACCUUCAUUUGUGGUAGACCUUCCAGGGGGUGGAGGGAAACGUUUGGCCGCAACAUUUGAUAGCUACAACCGGAACACCGGAGUGUCGACAUUCGUAGCGCCAGGGGUCAAAGGUAACACGAUUCAUGAGUAUCAUGAUCCGUUAUGGUCACUGCCAGGCUAG